AAACAAAAUUCAUUUAAUUUUCUCAUUAAACCAUUCUUUCGGUCCGGAAAUGACAAAAGUACGCUUUCUUGUACUCGCAGACUCACCCAACCACCGCCGGCUUCCCCCGCUUCUCUCUCCCCCGGUGUUUGAGCAAAACGUAAAUGUAAAGGAUCUCAAUGUCGGUUGGAUAACUUCCAGCAGGGUGCACUCUGGCACCCAUUUUCCUCUCUCUAAAACCCUAACCACAUUUUCUCUCUCUAACUCGGCAAUGCCAAAUCCAGGGUUCUGCUUUCUCCUCGUUAUCUCCUUGUGUUUUUUCGUCCUCUUCUCUUCUGCUGAUCCGAUAUCUGGAGAUUCAGAAAAUGCUGUCGUUGUCAAUGCUGCUGAAUUUAAUUCCUCUUCCCUUGCUAGAUCUGAGGAAGGUAGUUUUGCGAACAUGAUUGAUCGAGCUUUGGAAAAGGAGUUCAAUGAGACUGAAGAGCAGCCCGGUGCAAUCGAUCACGGGAGCUUCAACAAUAGUGUCGCAGAGCAAGAGGCAGUUCUGGAAACCGUUGCUAGGGUUGGUAGGGUCAAGUUCAAGAAGAACGAGACAAAUGAGGAAAAGUCAUUCCAGUUGCACACUGUUUUCAACCUGGAUAAUGACAAUGGAGCAGAAGAUACACCUACUUUGAUAGAUCGAAAGGAUAAUGUCUUUAUCAUGUCUAAUCCGAAGUCAAAGUUUCCAGUACUGCAGCUAGAUUUAAGAUUGAUAUCUGAUCUUGUUGUUGUCAUUGUUUCUGCAACUUGUGGUGGCAUUGCCUUCGCUUGCGCUGGACAACCGGUUAUCACUGGAUAUUUGCUGGCGGGCUCAAUUAUUGGACCUGGUGGUCUUAACAUUAUCAGUGAAAUGGUGCAGAAGUUGCAACACUUUGCUCUGCUUCCUGUGAUUAUCACCAGCGGUUUAAAGGUGUUUCUUGGGUGUCACUGCUUUCUGGCUAUGAUAAAGCAUAUUAUAAUUCUUAUGGUUGAAACAGUUGCCCAAUUUGGUGUUAUCUUUCUUCUCUUCGCACUGGGCUUAGAGUUUUCCACAGCAAAGCUUCGCAUCGUUCGAGCUGUUGCAGUGUUAGGGGGGUCUCUCCAGAUAAUUCUUUUCAUGUGUUUGUGUGGAAUAACAGCCUCGUUAUGUGGUGGGAAAGCAUCUGAGGGUGUUUUUGUUGGUGUCUUCUUAUCAAUGUCUUCGACAGCAGUGGUAUUGAAAUUUUUGAUGGAAAGAAAUAGUGUUAACACCCUCUAUGGGCAAGUAACGGUUGGAAUCCUUAUUCUGCAGGAUUGUACAGUAGGUUUGCUAUUUGCCCUGCUUCCUAUUCUUGGUGGUACUUCUGGUGUUUUUCAAGGAAUGGCUUCCAUGGCAAAAUUAUUGGUGGUUCUGUUAAUGUUCUUGACCAUUUUGUCAAUGUUAUGCCGCACUUGCGUACCUUGGUUUCUUAGACUGAUGAUAGGCCUAUCAUCACAGACUAAUGAACUGUACCAACUUGCAUCUGUGGCUUUCUGCUUGCUUGUUGCUGGGUGUAGUGAUAAGCUGGGUUUAAGUCUCGAACUGGGUUCUUUUGCUGCUGGAGUGAUGAUAUCAACUACUGAUCUGGCUCAGCAUACUCUUGAACAGGUUGAACCAAUCCGGAACUUCUUUGCUGCUCUUUUUCUAUCCAGCAUUGGAAUGCUUAUCCAUGUUCAUUUUCUCUGGAAUCAUAUCGAUAUUUUACUGGCAGCUGUUAUAUUGGUCGUCAUCAUAAAAACUAUUGUGGUUGCUGCAGUGGUCAAGGGUUUUGGCUACACAAACAAAGCUGCACUUCUUGUUGGUAUGUCUCUGGCUCAAAUAGGGGAGUUUGCAUUUGUUCUUCUCAGUCGCGCUUCAAAUGUUCAUCUAAUUGAGGGUAAAGUGUAUAUGCUGCUUCUGGGAACAACUGCACUUAGCCUGGUUACAACACCGUUACUUUUCAAGCUAAUUCCUGCUGUAGUUCACCUUGGAGUUCUACUGCGAUGGUUUUCCCUUGAUUUACCAAAUGAGAUUGGAUCUAAAGGAGAUACCAUGCGCGCAGACAGUUCUAAGUGUAUUACUGUGCUGAUCCAAGGCCCUCAUGAUUCAUGAUAAUAAAUAGAAACAUGAACAGUAAAGUGAUUCUCACACUUUACCUGAUGGCAUUCUUAUGCUGGGCGACAGGUGCCCAAGUGUGCAAAGGCUGUUGAUUGAUUGGAUGAUUGAUCAUCAUGACGCUUGAUUUAUGCACCCCACAUCGGAUGAUUUUCUUUGGUGUGUCGGAAACUCAUCGCCAUAUGCAGAGCAGUGUAUAGAUCUGUCUGCAAACAUUUUUCUGGCAUUUGUUUCAGGUAGGGUAGGGUGUUAACGGACUACUCUGUACAACCUUGUUCAUUUGUAAUGCAUUUUUUUGUAAUUCUUUAUUUUAAUCUUUAGUUCGAGUUUGUGGAAUUGGUGGUUUCAAUUUGUUAAGUGUAUAUAGCUGAGAGUUCAAACUGUUAAGAGUGUUUAACGUAGGAAGUCUUAUUUUUCUGUAUAGAGUUGA